AUCUUUGGUAAGAAUAAUACAAAGAUCUUGGUACUUGGUUCGGACAUCAACGUUGAUGAUACAGAAUCCGGAGAGCUUGCUGAGGAUCUAUUAUCCAUCAUUACUAUCUUCACAGCAAGACACAAUAAACUCAGAUCAGCUCAGAACAGAAAACGACGAAGAAAAACUAAAAACUUGAAAGAUACGAAUAUACUUAAUAUUGGAUGA